AUGGUUCUUCAAAACGAUAUCGAUCUGCUUAACCCACCAGCUGAGCUUGAGAAGAGGAAGCACAAGCUCAAGCGUCUUGUUCAGUCACCAAAUUCCUUCUUCAUGGAUGUGAAAUGCCAAGGAUGCUUCAACAUUACUACCGUUUUCAGUCACUCUCAGACCGUUGUGGUAUGCGGAAACUGCCAGACGGUUCUGUGCCAGCCUACAGGAGGAAAAGCGAGGCUUACCGAAGGAUGCUCUUUCAGGAAAAAGUGA